AUGUCGAUGAAAAUGUUGACGAAAAUGUGGACGAAUUUUCCACCGACAUGUUUAGGAUAUAUCAUUGUCAUUAAAAGGUCAGAGACUAGUUUAAUCGGGAAGAGUUCUAGACUGUUGUUCCAAUGUGAUCGCGGUGGCACGUACAGAAGCAAGAAAACCUCCACAAAGGUUACAAGCACACAAAAAAUUGAUUGUCCUUUCAGAUUGAAAGGGGUGAAAAUGCGAACAGGUGAUGACUGGAUGGUAAGGGUGGUAUGUGGAACACAUAAUCAUGCCCCUGCAACGAAUAUGGAGGGACAUUCAUACCCCGAUCGGCUCUCUGAAUUCGAAACCCAAUUGACAUUACAUCUGUCUACGAAAAAUGUGAAGCCACGAGAUAUUUUGACAUCGUUGAAAAAGCAAAAUCCGGACAACGUGUCUACCAUUAAGACUGUAUAUAAUGCACGCCAUACAUUUCAAACUGCAGAGAAAGCCGGUAAAACCCAUAUGCAAGUUGUCAUGUCAUUCCUACAACGUGAAGGAUACAUUUUCGAGAGUCGAACAAAUGCUGUAACCAAUGAGCCUGAAGAUUUAUUCUUCGCACAUCCAGGAUCAUUAGAGCGAUGGCAUGCAUUCCCGCACAUGUUAUUGAUGGACGCAACAUAUAAAACAAACAGGUACAAGAUGCCUCUCUUUGAGAUUGUCGGCGUAACUGCAACUAAUAUGACAUUUUGCAUAGCAUUCGUGUUCUUGCACUCAGAAAAAGUAUUCAAUUAUUCUUGGGCUUUAAGGUGUCUACAUUCAACAAUGGAUGGAUGCACUGAUCCAUGA